UUUUGUUACCCACGGAGUGUGAGUGUGUUGCGUGCGAAAUACUGCCAUAACAUCCACGGUGUAGCGGUCCCUGUAACCCACUGCAUAACCGGUUAGAAGGUUAAAUUCAGCCGUCCACGUAACUAUGCUCCUUAUACUACAGUUCUUAUGUUUAUCUAAGAGUAAACAAAGUCAUUCGGGUGUACACAUCAGCAUCUAACCAUAUUCUAUCAAACUAGAGCAUGUAUACUGAUAACAUGAAGAAAUCAGACACGCUUUUGUAGAAAUAGUCGCAGUCUUGUGAGAACACGGCGAAUCCAGGGCUCCAAGUACCUUGACCGACAUUGCUACCCAGUGCAGACCGUGCAGAUUUAUUAUUUUACCAAUUCGCGGCAGCCAGUCCGCAAGGAUUCAGCAAGAGCUCGGCGCACAUUUGCAUUACCAUCAGACUAGCCUGAACUCCGGCGAGCUUUCCGCUGCACGACCAUGGAGCGAGCAGCGCGGAGGAAUACGCUGCGUAGCACAGGCAACUAAAAGACCAACUUUGCAACUACAAUUCUCGGCGAAAAAUACGGCGCCAGUGGUUAUUCUCUCGUGGUUGUAAUUUAAAAAUUAAUGUCCCGUACCGACUCGUACGGAAAACGUUUGGGUUAUAUUGAGCUGGAUGGGAAAGUAAAGCGCACGGCAAGGCACUAUAUUUAGUGGCGGAUUAUUACUAGUUUCACUAGUGCAGAGAGGAGUUGUGGGGCGGACGUAUUCUGUCUUGCCGAAGAAUCGGAACGAUCGAAGUUUCAGUCCGGAUCGCGGCUGUUUCGUCCGACUUUAUGUAGGUUUUUGCGGAAAAAAACAAACCCCAUCAUCGCGGUCACGACGUCUGAAGAAGCGGCCCCUGUGCUCGAUCCCAGUAAAGCGGCUCGUAAUUGGGGGAGGACAUCGGCGAACUCAAGAUGUCAAUUUUGCCGUUUACCCCCCCGAUCGUGAAAAGGCUCCUGGGCUGGAAGAAAGGGGAACAGAACGGACAGGAGGAGAAGUGGUGCGAGAAGGCGGUCAAGAGCCUGGUGAAGAAGCUGAAGAAGACGGGCCAGCUGGACGAGCUGGAGAAAGCCAUCACCACCCAGAGCGUCAGCACGAAAUGCAUCACCAUACCGAGGUCCCUGGACGGCCGGCUGCAGGUGUCCCACAGGAAGGGCCUGCCCCACGUUAUCUACUGCCGCCUGUGGCGCUGGCCGGACCUGCAGAGCCACCACGAGCUGCGUGCUGUGGAGCUCUGUGACUUUGCCUUCCACAUGAAGAAGGACGAGGUCUGCGUCAACCCCUACCACUACCAGCGCGUGGAGACACCAGUGCUUCCUCCAGUCCUCGUGCCGCGCCACACGGAUAUCCCGAGCGAAUUCCCGCCGCUGGACGACUACAGCCACUCCAUCCCAGAGAACACCAACUUUCCAGCUGGCAUCGAGCCCCAGGGUAACUACAUCCCAGAAACACCACCUCCGGGAUACCUCAGCGAGGAUGGAGAGACCAGCGAUCACCAGAUGAACCACAGCAUGGAUGCGGGUUCUCCUAACUUGUCGCCGAACCCGGUGUCUCCUGCACACAGCAACCUAGACCUGCAGCCAGUGACCUACUGUGAGCCAGCCUUCUGGUGCUCCAUAUCCUACUAUGAGCUGAACCAGCGCGUCGGGGAGACCUUCCACGCGUCGCAGCCCUCGCUCACCGUGGACGGCUUCACCGACCCCUCCAACUCGGAGCGCUUCUGCCUGGGCCUGCUGUCCAAUGUCAACCGCAACGGCGGUGUGGAGCUGACGCGCCGCCACAUUGGUAGGGGAGUGCGGCUCUACUACAUCGGGGGUGAGGUCUUCGCUGAGUGUCUCAGUGACAGCGCCAUCUUUGUCCAGAGUCCCAACUGCAACCAGCGCUAUGGAUGGCACCCGGCCACCGUGUGUAAAAUCCCGCCUGGCUGCAACCUGAAGAUCUUCAAUAACCAGGAGUUCGCCGCCCUGCUGGCCCAGUCUGUGAAUCAGGGGUUCGAGGCCGUGUACCAGCUGACACGCAUGUGCACCAUCCGCAUGAGCUUUGUAAAGGGCUGGGGAGCCGAAUACAGGCGGCAGACUGUGACCAGCACCCCCUGCUGGAUUGAGCUGCACCUAAACGGACCCCUGCAGUGGCUGGACAAGGUCCUCACCCAGAUGGGCUCCCCCAGCAUCCGAUGCUCCAGCGUGUCCUAAAAAAACCAGGGGGGGAGGGGGGAAGCUUCCUCGGCACAUACCAACGAAAGCACAGACCAAAACCCGAGACGUGAGAGUACUGCGAAGGGCCCACCCUCCCCCCGGUACCCAGCAGGGGGGACAAGCGCCGCCUUCGCUUCAUGCAACCUUCUUAGCACUUUUUUUUUUUUUUUUUUUGUACUCCAUGUGUUGGCAAAGGGGAUGAGUGCAUUACAGACAGUACAGCUAGUAUGGUGUGUCCGCGUGGUCCUCGUCACUGCAGUAUGGUGUGUCCGCGCGGUCCUCGUCACUGCAGUAUGGUGUGUCCGCGCGGUCCUCGUCACUGCAGUAUGGUGUGUCCGCGCGGUCCUCGUCACUGCAGUAUGGUGUGUCCGCGCGGUCCUCGUCACUGCGGCUGUUUGGGGAGGAAAAAAAUUGGCAUUUAGUUGCAAACAGCUGUAGCAUGUAAGCAGUGAGAGUGACUUUAAAACGUCAGCGGAAUAAUCUGCACAUUUCAGUUGUACAUAUAUCUCGUGUUAGAUAAUGAACCAUGCUACACUUUUUUUGUAUAGAACAAAAAAAUACAGAUUUCACUGAAAUUGUACGGUUUUAGUUUUAUUCAUAGGCCAGAAGAAUAAAGAUUGCUGGAGGUUGAUCAUAAAUAUGCUAAAUGUAUAGUAUGUAUAGUUUCCAUGAGGUAUUCCGCCAUUUUCGCCUCAGAGCAGCUCUUAAAGGGAUACCCAGUAAGAUGCUUUUAUGCAUCAUGUUUUGUAAACCCCCCCCCCAGUAUUUUUUUAUUAGUACUCAUAGUGUUAGUAGUUUAGAGCAGGGGCGGAGGUGCCUGUGUCUGAGUGAUCACACCCGGCUCCUUGCAUUGCGAGCUGCAUGCUGCUCCUCGUCUGUUUCUUAUCCGCCUUGAAUGCACCAGUGAGGCUGCAAAGUCGCUCGGGUAUCCUGAGUGUCCUGUACAAUGCUUAGGGCCGCACUGCAGCCACGAAGACCCCUUCUGCCCUGGGAUGUCACCAUGUCGGGCAGCUGGCACAGCGGGCGCUAAGCCAGUCCCCAGCUGGGCGCGUGGUCUCUGCCUGCUGGGGGAGCCGCCCCACCUUUAAGCGGAGCCUCUGGUGCAGGCCGGACGCGUUCCCAGUGCGGGGUCACGUGUGCGUAUGAUUAGUGCUUUAUGGCGGUAGUUUUCUAUCGGGACUGUAAAAUGCGUUCAUUCAGUAGUUUAUGCAGUAGUGCUUAAGCCAAUCAGUAUAUUAACUUCUCAGUGUCUCUUGGACAAAAUGCAGCUACGUUUGUUCCAACUCUGCCAAAGUGUCAUGGUGUUUGGGUCUAUUUUUAGAUGCGCAUUUUGACAAAGCUAAACAUUUGAACAAAACUUUAUGAAGAGAGAAACUGAACCAGUUUAUUAUAUAUAUUUUUUGCAUGAAAAAAAAGUCCUGUAUUGAAAAUACAGGAGUGUAUUGCUAUUUGCUUUCUUUUUUGCCAUAUGGAGGUGGCAGUGCAGAGCAAUGAAGUGUGAUUUAAAGGGCUCUGUGGCAUUAACACUAAUGGAGAAGAAAGCUCUAGAGUGCCCACCCUUGACAGAGUUGUGUGGUGCUUGCCCUGACCUCCAAGACACGGUAUAUAGGAGCGAGUGUGUCGGCAAGACACAGCGUAUAUAGGAGCGAGUGUGUCGGCAAGACAUGCAGAUACCUUCAGCUGGUAUAACUACUGGGCUUCGUUUAAUUGUUUUCAGGCCAUAAUCCCAGCUAACGUGACGGCGACGCCCGGGAGGGGCCCUUGAGACCAGCCAUUUCUCCUGGUUACUGCGCGUGUGACGAUACCAGAGCAGUGUGUGUCGGUAACAGGACCAUCCUGGGUUUUAAACUAGCUUGAGGAAAGAAUGGAUCUUUAUAUAUAUUUCUAUAAAGAUGCAUUUUCUGAAGUUUCCACUCUGUACAGUAGACUUUCGUACCAAGUAGAUUUUUAGAAAGGUAUUUAUUGUAAUGUGGUUCAACACAAACAAUCCUCUGUAAUGUACCAGGAAGAGGGGCAGAUGGUGCGUCCUGCUACUCAUGUCCACAGAACCAGCAGUUUGCAGAGGCUGGUUUUUAAAAGUGAAAUUCCCCCCCCCCUCCCGAUAAGCCCCCUUUCCCUUCCUGAUUUGCUAAAAAUUUCCAGUGAAGAAUGUUUCUUUUAAUUUGAAGAGCUGGUUUUUUCCUUCCCCACAGCCCUCAGACCCAGUGGCGUGUUCGGGUGCAGGGCGGGACCCUCGCUCUCAGCCCCCAGCCCCCAGGAGUCUCUCACAUGAUGGGUGGGCAGGUGCCAGCCGAGUAUGGGGAUGGAAAGCAGGCACACGCCCACUGCAUAGCACGAUGGUGCACGUGACGUUUAGCAGUUAUUAAAUCCAGCGCAUUAGUCAGUGCUUUGUUUAGUUUGUCUUGUUUAGAGAUGGUCUAAGUGGAUACUGGUGGGUUUGAAGUUUUCCUUUCCAGUCAGCUUGUGUGUCCCCCUCAAGCUAAUCUGUCACAGAGCGCACUGCACUGGUACAGCAGCGAGUCCCAGGCCUCUCUGCCGUGGCCCCUUCCUGUCAUCAGGGCCUGGAGGUGUUCCUUCCACACCUGCACCCCAAUCAGCCAGCCUGACUAUUAUAAAAUGUCCUCUACGGAUAUUUAAAAUUUAUAUUUUUAAAAAUGUACUCAUCCCCCGUUUCAGUACUUGUUCUUGAUUUCCCAAUGUAGCCUUUAAUUGGUGCUUAGUCGUGUGUGUGUGCUUUUUCAGUCUUAGGUGUCCUUUUUGUAUAAAAAAAAAUAUAUCCUUUCCAUUUAAAAUAUUGCUUUGUAUUUUGUUGGUCUUUUAAUAAAUACUGAAAGUGAA